AUGGCACGAAGACGCACCAAGAAGCGCACCCACGUCGGCGCCAGCAACCCCGAAUCUACGGCGACAAGUCUCGGCCAUGCAAGCGUAAAAGACCCCAAGAGCAUGGUCAUCCGUAUCGGCGCAGGUGAAGUUGGGUCCAGUGUCAGUCAAUUGGCAAAGGAUGUCCGCGCAGUGAUGGAGCCUGGAACCGCAACCAGACUCAAGGAGCGUCGUGCGAAUCGGCUUCGAGACUACAUUACCAUGACUGGGCCUCUUGGCGUAACUCAUAUGAUGCUCUUUUCGAGAUCUGAGAGCGGAAAUACGAAUCUCCGCGUCGCGGUGUCUCCUAGAGGUCCUACGCUCAACUUUCGCGUCGACAAGUACUCCCUCGCAAAGGACGUACGGAGAGCACAACGGCACCCGAGGGGUGGCGGAAAUGAAUUUCUGACCCCACCGCUGCUCGUUAUGAACAACUUCAUUACUCCAGACAAUGAUGCCACCUCUGGUGUGCCCAAACACCUCGAGUCUCUAACGACGACUGUGUUUCGCUCGUUGUUUCCACCAAUCAACCCCCAGCAAACACCUAUCAAGUCAAUCCGCAGAGUGUUGUUGCUGAAUCGCGAGCCCACCAAGGAUGGAACUUUCAUACUCAACUUUAGACACUACGCCAUUACUACGAAAGCGGCCGGCCUUUCGAAGCCCCUACGAAGAUUGAAUGCCGCAGAGAAGCUGCUCAAUGCCAAGAAGACAAGGAAGGGCGGCGUGCCUAAUUUGGGCAAAUUGGAGGAUAUCGCAGACUACAUGAUUGGCGGGGAAGAUGGCAACGGAUAUAUGACAGAUGCUACGAGUGAUGACAGCGAAAUGGAAGAGGACAACCAAGUGGAGGUUAUAGACACAGCAACCCGCAAAGUGCUGUCUCAGAAGGCCCGUGCCACGGCAUUAGAGCACGGUGAGGAUGCCGCGGAUGACCACCAAAGCAACAUCAAAAAAAGAGCAGUCAAAUUGGUGGAGCUGGGUCCGCGCAUGAAACUUCGCAUGACCAAGGUCGAAGAAGGAGUCUGUGGUGGAAGAGUGAUGUGGCACGAGCAUAUUCACAAGUCGAAACAAGAGAUUCAGGAGUUGGAGAAACGGUGGGAGCAGAAGGCUAAGGAGAAGGAGGCUCGCCGGAAACAGCAGAAGGAAAACGUUGAACGUAAGAAGAAGGACAAGGCUACGCGUAGCGGAAAGAAGGGAGAUGAUGAUGACGAGGAUGAAGAAAUGGACUACGAUGGAUACAAUAGCGAUCUAUUUGACGACAUGAUGGAGGAGGACGCAGUCGACAGCGAAGGCUUAGCUGGAGAUGCCGAGGAGGCCAAUGCGGCCAAAGAGGAAAUGGAAGAGCAGGAAUGGGAAGACGACGAGUAA